UUUUCCGCGCGGUGGCCGUUGCUGGGAUACGCGGCGUCGCGCAGGGCUUUGAGGCCUGGCGCCCAGGCUGUGCUUAUGGGAGCGGAGCUGCUCGUCGGGUCUCCUCAGAGGUUCGUGUUGCGGGGUACCCCCCCCCCGCUUUCGCCCCGGCAAGUGAUUAAAGUGAACAAUGGCCAGUAACCACAAAUCUUCAGGCCCUCGCCCUAUUUCUCGGGGUGGAAUAGGGUUAGCAGGAAGGCCUCCUUCUGGAAUAAGACCCCCAUCUGGAAAUGUUCGAGUGGCAACUGCAAUGCCACCAGCAACAGCAAGACCAGGUUCUCGAGGCGGUCCCUUAGGGACUGGUGGAGUUUUGUCAUCUCAGAUCAAAGUUGCUGAUCGUCCUGUAACCCAACAAGGUUUGAGUGGAAUGAAAACUGGGAUGAAAGGUCCCCAGAGGCAAAUUUUAGACAAAUCUUACUAUCUUGGACUUCUUAGGAGCAAAAUAAGUGAACUUACAACUGAAAUUAAUAAACUUCAGAAAGAAAUAGAAAUGUACAACCAAGAAAAUUCAGUGUAUUUGUCAUAUGAAAAGAGAGCUGAGACAUUAGCUGUUGAAAUUAAAGACUUUCAAGGACAACUAGCAGACUACAACAUGUUGGUAGAUAAACUCAAUACCAAUACUGAAAUGGAAGAAGUAAUGAAUGACUACAACAUGCUUAAAGCUCAAAAUGAUCGAGAAACACAGAGUAUGGAUGUCAUAUUUACUGAAAGACAAGCGAAGGAAAAACAAAUCAGAAGUGUAGAAGAAGAAGUUGAACAAGAAAAGCAAGCAGCAGAUGGCAUUAUCAAAAAUAUGUCUCCUGAAAAACAAGUCAAGUACAUAGAAAUGAAAACCACAAAUGAGAAACUGUUGCAGGAAUUAGACGCACUUCAGCAACAAUUAGAUUCAUUGAACAUAAAAAAGGAGAGCCUAGAAACCGAAAUAGCACACUCCCAGGUAAAGCAAGAGGCUGUAUUGCUGCAUGAAAAACUUUAUGAGUUAGAGUCCCAUCGAGAUCAAAUGAUUGCAGAAGACAAAAGCAUGGGAUCGCCAAUGGAGGAGAGGGAGAGAUUGCUUAAGCAGGUUAAAGAAGAUAAUCAGGAAAUAGCCAGCAUGGAGAGACAGUUAACAGAUAUAAAGGAAAAAAUAAAUCAGUUUAGUGAAGAAAUUAGACAACUUGACAUGGAUUUAGAGGAGCACCAAGGUGAAAUGAAUCAAAAAUACAAGGAGCUUAAAAAACGGGAGGAAAAUAUGGAUGCUUUUAUAGAGACUUUUGAGGAAACAAAGAAUCAGGAACUGGAACGGAAGGCACAGAUAGAAGCCAACAUUGUCGCCCUGUUAGAGCAUUGCAGUCGGAAUAUAAAUCGUAUGAAACAGAUAUCCUCCAUCACCAACCAAGAGCUAAAGAUGAUGCAGGAUGACCUCAGCUUUAAAUCAACUGAAAUGCAGAAGUCACAGACAACAGCCAGGAAUUUGACCUCAGACAGUCAGCGUCUGCAGCUGGAUCUACAGAAAAUGGAACUUUUGGAAAGUAAGAUGACAGAGGAACAGCAGUCUCUGAAAAACAAAAUUAAGCAAAUGACUGCUGACCUGGAGACAUACAGUGACCUGGCAGCUUUAAAAUCGUCUGCCGAAGAAAAGAAGAAGAAAUUGCAUCAAGAAAGAACAGUGUUAUCAACCUACAGAAAUGCCUUUAAGAAAACAAUGGAGAAGCUGACAACAGAUUAUGAGGCACUGAAAACACAACUGCAAGAGAAUGAGACACAUGCUCAGCUUACAAAUUUGGAGAGAAAGUGGCAGCACCUCGAGCAAAAUAAUUUUGUGAUGAAAGAGUGUAUCCUUUAAACUGGCUUAAUAUGUCCUUACAAAUACUUGAUGGUACUUAUAUCUUAUCAUUACUGUUGUUCCAUCUAAGAGGCAGCAUUUGCUGAGGCCAUGCAUUGUGAAGUCACAAAAAAAGUGUCUCUCCAGAAUUUGUUUCCUGUUCCCUUUGACUUAUUCUAGGGUAUCUGUUCUCAGAACAAAAUCAGAACAAAAAACAGAACCACUGACUCAGUGGUCCCAUAGGUACUCUUUUAGGGUGUUACCAAACUUCACCUUAGGGGCAGCAAACACCUUAGCUUACUUCCAGUUAGGAUGCCAUAGAAACUCUAUUCAUACUAUUUCAAGCAACUCAGCUUCAAAGGCAGACUUUGGUCUUCAUGGGAUUUUUAAAAGUCCAGCAUUCCAGCUUUAUGCAACAUAAAUCCAUAUGACUCUGAAACAGUGAAGUCUAAAGAGACUUGCCUGAAAUUCUGUGUGACAUUACAGAGAAUAGAGUUUUUCCAAAUGCUCGAUUGUUCUGAGAGUAGAACUAGAUUGGGCCACCUGACAUUAAAAAAUCAAAAGUGUUUAUACUGUAAGCAAAUUUUUUGAAAGAAAUUUUAUUUGGCCUUUUUGUUUCAACUUACGCUUUGUUAAAAUAAGAUUCUA